UCUCGCGUGUGUCGGGUGGCUCCGUGGCGCUCCUCCGAGGCACCGUAAGCCUCCUUCACCGAGCUCUUGGUUCUUAUAGACCAACUCUUGUGUCGUUUCGUAAUAAGAGAAAAGCAAUUCCACAACGUCUCAUUAUAUCCGAGUGUUUCCCUAAACGAAAACGCAGAAACGAAGAGAAAAAAAAAAGUUUUUUUUUCAGAAUUGUUAAUACUCGUUUCUGGUACGACCGAGAUUUUUUAAGUGGUUGACAGUGUUCACCGUUCGCCAUGGUAAUACGCACGGUCGUUCGGGGAGUCGAUUUCCACUGAAGUAUUUAAGCUGCCGUCCGAAAGUGUGAAUCCGAAGUGAUUUCAGAAUACGCAAUGAAGGGGCCGAAGGGCGGCUCCUGGAAGUGAACUGAGAGGAAGUGAGGACAUCGUAAGUGGCACCAACAUGGCACCUUCAGCACUACGAAGCUGGUUACCCUACCUCCUGCUGGGCGUGUGGGCAGCUCAUCACGCCCACGCUCGGGACACCCACGCCCUCACCAAGUAUCGUUGGGUUACAG